AUGCAACCAGCGCGGUCGUCCCUGGACGGCUUCUCCGCCUCCAACUCGGCAUCCAGACAACCGCCGCACACGCGCAUGCCAGCUAUGCCGCCCGCUUCCAACAUGCUCCCGCCCGCCCAGUCCACACUUCGCUUCCCCUCCCAUGCCCCGCCUCUUCAAGCCGCAGCUGGCAACGAGGCUUCCAUCGCGCCUUCAGAUGGUACCCGCAGAUCCUCGCAUGCCACACAAGCCGUUGUAGAACGCUCUCGUCAACCAUCCACAAGCAGCCCAGCUCAGUCUUCAUCUGCAUCCACCUCCAACUCCCAACACCGCUCAACGGCCCCUCACACCAGCAACAGAUCGAGCAGCAGCAGCAGCACCUCCCCUUCUGCCACCGGCGCCGCUCCAUCUGCAACGCCUUUGCCGCCUCCAUCCCCCAGCACCACACUCGGCAACUACCAGCUCGGCGAUUGCCUUGGACGUGGCGCCUUCGGUUCAGUCUACCGCGGCCUCAACUGGAUGAACGGAGAGACCGUCGCAGUCAAGCAGAUCCAGCUAGGCAACAUCCCCAAAUCAGAGCUCGGCGAGAUCAUGUCCGAGAUCGAUCUGCUCAAGAACCUCCACCACCCCAACAUCGUAAAGUACAAGGGCUCCGAGAAGACCAAAGAUUACCUCUACAUCAUCCUCGAGUACUGCGAAAACGGCUCGCUCCACCACAUCUGCAAGCGCUUCGGCAAGUUCCCAGAAGGCCUCGUCAGCGUCUACAUCUCCCAGGUCCUCCAGGGCCUCGUCUACCUCCACGACCAGGGUGUCAUCCACCGCGACAUCAAGGGCGCCAACAUCCUCACCACAAAGGACGGUUCCGUCAAGCUCGCCGACUUUGGCGUCGCCACAAAGACCGGCGCAAUGAGCGAGUACGCCGUCGUCGGCAGCCCCUACUGGAUGGCUCCCGAAGUCAUCGACCAGAGCGGCGCCACCACCGCCAGCGACAUUUGGAGCGUCGGCUGUGUCGUCGUCGAGCUUCUCGAGGGCAAGCCUCCUUACCACUUCCUCGCCCCUAUGCCCGCCCUCUUUCGCAUCGUCCAGGACGACUGUCCGCCCCUUCCAGAAAGCGCCUCGCCCGUCGUCAAGGACUUCCUCCUCCACUGCUUCCAGAAGGACGCGAACCUUCGCGUCUCCGCUCGCAAGCUCCUCCGCCAUCCCUGGAUGUCUAGUGCUCGCAAGCAGCUCGACCAGCUCAAGUCCGGAGGCUCGCUUCGCGUAGGCGCAGGUGGCACCUUCAACACCCCACACGAAGAAGCCGUCAAGAGCGUCCAGGAAUGGAAUCAGGCGCUCAAAGAGCCACCGAAACAAGCUGUCCAGCGCCUCCAGGACCCAGACACGGUUCGCGCUCCCAUCCAGCCAAGCCUGCGUAGGGUCAACGCCAUCGCUGCCGAGCUGGGCACAGCCAAGCCCCUGGCUCGCAAGACGCGCCAUCCAACUCGCCCCACCCUCCCACUUGACUUCAGCCCUCCGCCCUCCGUGCCUCGCAAGGACAUACGUCUCGACACUUCCUCCAGGCCGGCAUCCAGACUCAUCGACGCCGUCUCUCGCUCCCCAAACGCUGCCAACGACCCUGCAGUAACAGCGCACUCGCCACUGGUUGCGCUUGCUCCGAUGACCAGGCAGCCGUCUUCGCCCGGAAACGGUUCUGGAUUCCGCACUCCCCUCGCCGGCGCCACGCCCGCCACAUCCUUGAUGGAUCAACGUGUGAAGCUCGCCGAUCUUCAGCAGCCCGAGCGACCCGACGACAACUGGGACGACGACUUUGAAGAGGACAUCACCACGACCAAAAUCGCCGCUCUCGAAAAAACCAGUCUCCCCUCGCAGACACCCUCUUCGUCCUCCGCCAAGGCGGACUUCCGCCCCUCAAGUGAGGCCACCACGGCCGACUCUUUGGCAGCGGGAGGAUCAACUCGGCAUGCGGACCUGCCAGCCUCGCCAUCUCGUCCCUCGGCCAGCGAGGCCGACUUUGACCAGCGCACAAUCAGGCCCCUCUCGGGUCCCAUUCUGCGCUCGGUAUCAUCGUCUCCUCAAGUGCGAACGCUGAGUCAGAAACCGACGCCUCCCUCCACCACGCUCUCCAGCUUCUCGGCAGACGACGAGGAAGACUAUUCCGACCUCGUCGGAGACGGACAGGAGGAUCUCCUCAACAAGCGCAUUCGAGACUUGCAGAUGAAGAACAGCGCCGGCAAGCGCCUCUUUCAUCCCAACGACCUCGCUCGCCCCUCGACCUCCAAAGCAGCACCCAAGGUGUACAAUCUCGACACAGCCGAUCCCGCCUCUGCCUCGCCUUCUCGUGCCAUUGACCGCCGCAGACAGGCUUCGUCCGAGGCGCUCCGCAAUUCUCUCGGCGCAUCUGCUACCCGCCCUCCCUCGAACCCGAGCAGCCCCCAGGCGACACUCCGGCUCGAAAAGGACGAAAAGUGGAAGCAGAUGCGACGCACCCUGGGCAAGUACUCGGAGGAUCAAUCUGCCGAAGACUACUCGGACCUCUUCGGCAACGCAGAUGCACCAGGAAACGGCAAGGAGGAUGCCAAUGUCAGCGGAGGCAACACGCUCCAGCUCACCGCCCGCCUUUCCAACCGAUCCUGGCUGCGAGACGACGAAAACGACGAGGACGAUCCCUUCGCCGAGAUCGACGAGGGCUUCAACGCCGAGGCCGACAUGGAGGCCAACGUGGCUCGCGACCAGCACGCACGCAUGUGUGCCUUCGUCACCGAACUCGUCGAAUCGCUCGACCCGCGAACCGAGGUCGACGAGCUUCUCCAGGUGUGCGAGGACAUCGACCAGAUCCUCACCGACAUGCCAGAGAUGAAGGCGCAGCUGCUAUCGUCCCACGGUGCUCUCGCAUUGAUCCAGCUGCUGGAGGCUGCCGCAGACCGCGAAUUGGCCACGCGGCUGCUCGGCAUCCUCAACCUGAUCAUCUUUGAGGAUCCCGAAGCGCAGGAGAACCUCUGUCUGAUCGGUGCGAUUCCGGUGGUCAUGACGUUCACCACCAAAAAGUGGCCGCACGAUCUGCGCUUGGAGGCCGCGCACUUUGUGUUUGCCAUGUGCUCCACUUCGCGCCUCACGCUGCAGUUUGUGCUCAGCUGCCGCGGCCUGCGCACGCUCGUCGGGCUCAUCGACGAGGACUACCUCGAGCAGAAGGACUUGGUCUGGAUCGGCGUCGGCUGCGUCAGCAGUGUCUUGGAGCUGCAGAGCCCGGCUUCGCGCAACGACUUCUGCCGCAUGCUCGCACAGGAAGGCCUGCUGGAGCCGCUCUCGUCGGCUCUGCAGAGCGUCAUCGCGGAUGACGAGGAUGGCUACGCGUCCGAAGCACGCGCCGACAUCUUGCAGAUUCUGCUCAUCUACUCGCAGUCGGACAACUUCCUCAAGAAACAGGUUGCCACGCGCAGCGUGCUCCGGCGCAUCCUGCGGUCGGCGUCCAUGCUGGACUCGGAAGCGUUGACGCUGAUGCUCAAGGUGGUCAAGAACCUCUCCAUGUCGCCGAUGCUGCUGGACGAGAUGCAGAACGCCAACACGAUCGAGAUCCUGUCCAACAUCCUGGCGCAGCACCACAGCGGUCCGCACGGCACCGAGAUCUCGAACCAGGUGCUCAACACCAUGUACAACCUCUGUCGGCUCUCCAAGUCGCGCCAGGAGGAGGCGGCGCAGGCGGGCCUGCUGCGCGUGGCGCGCACCAACUCGCCCAUGCGCCAGUUUGCGCUGCCGAUCCUGUGCGACUUUGCGCACGCGGGCAAGGCGACGCGCAAGAUGUUCUGGCAGCACCGCGGACUGCACUUCUACCUCAAGCUGCUCGAGGAUCCGUACUGGCAAGUGUCGGCGCUCGAGAGCAUCCUCAUCUGGCUGCAGGACGAGACGGCGCGCGUGGACGAGGUGCUGGUGCAGCCGACGUCGGUGGAUGCGCUCCUCUGCGUCUUUGCCACGAGCAAGGCCAACUCGUUUGAGAACCUGCUCGAGCCGUUUGUCAAGGUGUGUCGACUGUCCGGUGGGAUUGUGACGUCGAUGGCGCGCAACACGCUGUUUGUCAAGCGGCUGCUGGAACGUCUGUCGCAUCCCAAGGCGGUGGUGCGGUUGAAUCUGCUCAGGCUCACCAAGAUGAUGUGCGAUCUUCGCGGCGAGGCGCGCUCGCCGCUGGUGGAGCAGCUGCACGUGUACGAGGCGGUGGAGAGGCUCAGUGUCAAGGACAAUGCGGUGCUGGUCAAGGAGCUGGCGCGUGAUAUCCUGAGCCAGCGCCACGCCGAGCGCGAGGUGGGCAGGACGGUGCGCCGCACUCUGUCGGACACGCACAUGGGCGAGGGCAAUCGCAGCCCGCCUGGCGUAGGCACGAACAGCCCUACCUCGGUCGCAGCGGCGUUGCCCGGCACGACAGCGCUGGGGCAGAUGGUCGGCAUGCGUGCAUCCGCACCGUACCGGCGCAAGAUUUCGAACGGCACCAGCGGCGAUGCUGCCACGAUCCACGAGCGCUCGAUCUCCACGUCGCUCGUUGAGACGUCGCCGUCGUCGUCGCGCAGUGCGGCCAUGCGCGGUCUAGUGACGCGGCUCGGGCAGCCUCGUCGUUCGGUGACGCCGAAUCGGGAGCUCAUGAGCGAGAGCCAGGCGAGCAGUUCGGGCAGCUUCUCGAGCCGCACGUCGCCGCUUAUGCCCAUGGACCCGCUGCCGCAGGGCGAAGUGGUGCGCCAACGCCAGCACUCGCAACCCCACUCCAUGGACCGCUCCGGCUCGACGCCCCCGGGUAGGGAGUUUGAGAAGAAGCUGCCGACUUUGUCGAUCGGGCAUGUGGGAAUGCGGGCGAUGAGCCCGCGCAUGCGCAGCAUCUCGAACGAGGUCAAGCUAGCGGCAGCCAAGGCGGCAGCGGUGGGCGAUUCUUACCAGCCGCAGCAGCGCUCGCCGCUCAUGCACGGAUCCGUCGACUCCGGUCCGAGGCGGGUCAAGCCCGAUCGCGACGAGGCCGAGAAUGGAGAACAGAUGGACAGAGAUAGAACUAUGCGACCGCCAUCGAGGAGACCCAUCCCGUCGCUGCCUCCUGCCCAUGGCUUCUCCUAG